GUGGGGCCUGCGGGACGCCAUGCUGCCGUUAACCCUUUCCCUGCCGUGUGACGUCAAGUCUCUUCGGUUUUCCUCGCUUUGCUUCUCCCAGCCUAUAGGACAGCGGCCAUGAAUGAAAGCGAAGUGAUUGAAUAUUUUAAGCGUCAACUGAAGGAGGAUCCAAAUGUUGCUACGGCUGUUGCAGCAAUCAGGACGUUACUGGAGUUCCUGAGGAAGGAUAAAGGUGAAACUAUACAAGGCCUGAUUGGAAGUCUAAAAAAUGCUAUUGAGACGAUGUCAAAAGUGAAUUCCUCUGUAUCGGUGUCUUCUGGAGGGGAACUCUUCUUAAGGUUCAUUACGCUCACUUCUGAGCUGGAGCAUUCUAAUUACGCUUUGUGCAAAGAAAGGAUGAGUGACCGAGGUGAACUCUUUCUGAAAAGGAUCUCCUUGUCAAGGGACAAGAUCACAAAACUCUGCUGCCCGUUUAUAAAAGAUGGAGCAAAAAUCUUAACCCAUGCAUACUCCAGGGUGGUUCUUAAGGUCUUAGAAGAAGCUGCAGCCGCUAAUAAACGCUUUAGUGUCUAUGUGACAGAAUCACAGCCAGACUUAGCCGGGAGGAGUAUGGCAGAAGCUCUACAGAAAAUUAAUAUGCCGGUGACGGUGAUCCUGGAUGCUGCAGUAGGCUAUAUCAUGGAGAAAGUAGACCUGGUGAUUGUAGGAGCUGAAGGAGUAGUGGAGAGCGGAGGAAUAAUCAAUAAGAUUGGCACAAAUCAAAUGGCCAUAUGUGCUAAAGCUCAGAAUAAACCAUUCUAUGUGGUGGCAGAAAGUUUUAAGUUUGUGCGUCUCUUCCCACUGAAUCAAAGCGAUGUGCCAGACAAGUUUAAGUAUAAGGCAGACACGCAGCAGAAGAAGGACCCCAUGAAGGAGCACUCCAGGAUUGACUACACAUCACCCUCCCUAAUCACACUGCUUUUUACAGAUUUGGGAGUCUUGACUCCAUCUGCUAUAAGUGAUGAACUAAUCAAACUGUACUUAUAAUAUAUUAAAGUUAACCCCAUGAUACAAAAGUGUGUUGUAAAUAAGAUGUUAAAUUAAAACAUUUAUAUAACACAUCAGUUCCAGGACUUAGCUAUAUAACACAACCAUGAUAUAUUUUUUUCUUUCAUGUUAUUUGUUAUAAAUUGUAUAUAUGGAAAUAGCAGUUUCCACUUGACCACAAAAUCCUAAGGGCAUAUUUGCAUGGACUUUUUCACAUCAUAUCCAGAUCUGU